AUGCCAGUGUCCUAUGAAACCACGUGGACAUAUCUUCUCUUCUCAAUCCUGGAGCUGGUAGUUGGCAUCCUCAUCAAUGGCUUCGUUGUGCUAGUGAAUGCCUGGGACCUAGUGAGGAGGCACCAGCUGUCCAAAAGUGACCUUGUGCUGCUAAGCCUUGGCACCUCUUGGAUCUUCCUACAGUGUUUGCUGUUUAUGGAUGCCAUUCACCUCACCUACUUCCAAGUGAUAAUGGACUCACUGGACAAGUACACAACCAUUGUCUUAUUUUGGAUGCUUGUCAACCAAACCAGCUUCUGGAUCACCACCUGCCUUAGCAUUCUCUACUGUGCAAAGGUUGCCUGAGUUCUCCUAUGGCUUAAGGGCUGGUUCCUCAUGGCUAUACCUCAGCUGCUACUGGGCUUUCUGAUUUUCCCUUGGAUCAGCAUCAUCCCUUGCAUGUGGAAACAUUUCAGUUCAUUCUACUCCAACUCUACAGUUUCAUUCUCUGGGAACAUCACAGAGAAAAGUAUAAAGGAAAAUUUCAUUUUUUCCUAUUUCUACCUUCUUUGCAAUUUGGGCAGCAUCUUUCCCUUCGUGCUCUUCCUGGCAUCUUCUACCAUCCUUAUCAUCUCCCUGGGAAGACACAUGAGGACAAUGACAGCUCAAAAUACUGGCUCUGGAGACCCCAGCCUGGAGGCCCACAUCACUGCCCUCAAAUCCUUGAUUUCCUUCCUUUUUCUCUAUGUAAUAGGAUUUGUAGCUAUGCUAGCUUUCCUUCCCCUGACCAUAAUUUUUUCCAGCAAGACUGGGGAGAUUGCAUGUGUGGGGUUAAUGGGUAUUUCCCCCUCAAUGCACUCAAUCAUUCUGAUUCUCAACAAUACCAAGUUGAAAAGAGCUCUCAAAAAUUUGCACUGGGUUCAGUGCUUUCUAAAGGUAUACAUAGUCUAG